UUAAAUCUGACAGAUAUCACCACACUGAACUUCCUAAAGGCCUUUCUGAACAGUGCUGGCUUAUAUCUUUCUGUGAGUCCCACAGUGAAUGUGACACAAAUUGAUCUCACCACAGUUUGCUCUCCAUUCAACGGCAAUUACCAGUGCAGAUGUGAGGACCAGUAUCAUUGGACAUAUGACCAAUGUCGAAUGUACGGAUCGUGCGACAGUAUUACUUAUGACACAUGUGGAUGCAUCAAUGCCAUUCCUCCUGAUGGACAGUUCUGCCGGUCUGUGGCUGACGACAGUAAGUUCAUUUGUAGAAAUACUGAAGUGUGAUACUGUGAAAAUACUUGCCAUAAAUUAUUUUUAAUGAAACUAACCAGUGAAGACAGCAGAUUUUGGUUCUGUAACCAAAGGUUCUGUAAUUUUCAAAGUGGAAGUUAAAGCUGCUUUACUGAAUCUGUAAAACAAGCUAGUGUUUUAAACACAGACACUGAACGUCCACCCCUCCUGUUAGCUAUGUGAGUGUGCGUGCGUGCCUGCACGCUCCACACAACUUAACUGUUCCAUCGGUCAUUCACAACAAUGUCAUUUGCUAUGUUUUCUGUCUUUUCAUUUUGGGGUGCUCAUUUUUUCCACCGAGCUUGACUCGGUUCCUGAGCUCCGUGCUCUCUUUUGUGUUUGGGUCACGCUGAGAAUGGUUGAAAGGUUGCUGAUGCACUCCUCCAAGCCUCCUUUGCCACCUGUCCUCAUGGCGCCACAGUCACUAAGGGGGGCAUGAUCACGCAAGCUCAUGACUCUCCCUCUGCCGGACACAAAGGUGUCAAGGCCACGUUCGGUGCCCUGAACCAGGUUGCUUACUGGCCGGGGAUGCGUCGCAACGUCUCAGAUCACGUCCAGCGUUGUUUGGUUUGUUGUCAGUUUCAGCCAUCCAACCCCACACACAGAGCUCCCCUACAUAAAAAGGGACCGUCCACACUGUGGUUGGACUUGCAAUUCGAUUGGGUGGGGCCUCUGACCAGGUCCAGCAGGGGUAAAAAAUACAUCUUGACCGUGACCUGUGACCAUGUGGGUUGAAUGUCUACCAGCACCUAAUGACAUGGCACAAACAACAGCUAUUCUCUUGAUGAAUCACAUCUUCGCCCGGUUCGGUCUUCCCACUCGGGUUGACUCGGACAGGGGUACUCACUUCACCUCUGAAGUGAUGGCACAUCUUUGGAAACUGUUGGGUGUGAAGGCCAAUUUCCACAUUAGCCAUCGCCCCCAGUCUUCUGGCCAGGUCGAAAGGAUGAACCGGACGGUUGUCAGCAUGUUGAGGAAGUACAUGUCCUCUAAUCACCAAGACUGGGAUGUGAAGCUUCCGUUGGUCCUCGUGGCCAUAUGGGCCACCCCUCAUGAGUCUACUGGUGUCUCCUCGUUUGAAAUGAUGAUGGGUAGACAAAUGACCCUGCCACUUCACCUGCUGUACCAGCCAGUUCAGUCCGAGGCCGACCAGGCUUACACGAGCAAACAAUAUUUGCAGGACCUGAAGAACCAUCUGCCUGCAGCAUUCUCGUUUGCACAGACAAAUCUGGAGAAAUCUGCUGAGGGCAGGAAGGCUUAUUAUGAUCAGAAGGCCUCACAUUCUGAACUCAACGUAGGUGAUGAGGCCUGGUUCUAGAUUUUCGCUCCUAAAACUGGUAACACCAAGAACACCUCUGGGAAGCUGGCCAAAAAACUUUUGCCAAAGUGGUCAGGCCCAUACCUGAUAACUGAUAAGCUCUCUCCAGUCAUGUAUCAGAUCAAGAUUACCCAAACAAACAAGGAGCCCGUCUACAAAUGGGUCCACAGGGACCAAAUCAAACCGCACAAGGGUUCCACUAAUUUGGUCAAUGCGACCACCAACAACUUACCGACUUCGAAAGGGGGGUGAUUUUGCACCUCGUUGGUUCAAUGGUUCUCUAUCUAGAGUUACACAAGUUUGUCUACAUUUGUGUGUGUGCAUGGUUGUCUUUCCUAUUUAUACAUGACGUGCAGACUUGGGUGAUUUGAGAUGAACAUGCUGUGGGUUCCUAAAGUCAGGUAAUCAGUUAGUUAACAGUAGAUGGGUUUAGUCCACAUAUUACUGUUAUCCCCAAAAAAAAUUUUUAUUAUUAUUUUCACUAAUCUUAAUUCCUUGUGGGUACAUUCACAUGUAGGUUGAUUACUAACUUGACUGAUUUACAUUUUUAGUGCUCUUUGACACUCAUAACUAUCUUUUUGUAGAAUUUUACUACAGUGAUUACGUUUUUGAAACUUUAUGAUUAUCUUUGUUAAUUUACCAUUAUGGGCUACAACCAUUUUUGCCCUUCAUUUUGAUAAAAUUUUUGCUUGUUAAAGUGAUUCCAUUUCUUUCCCAUACACGCAGUAUAGGGUUUUAUUAAUUUUAUUCUUUUUGCAACACUUUUUCCAGUACACGUAGUGUAGUGCAUCCAUUUCUUCACUUAAAGGCUAUUGACAUAAUUGCUACACAUAGUACAUGCAGGUACUCACAGUGCUAGGUUUUUUUUUCUUUAUUGAUUUACAUUAGACACCAUUUUGUUGUGUCUACAUUGAAGUACCCUGUGUUGUGCUCUCUCUCCUCUUCUGAGUUUCACUGAUGAUACUCGAUUGCUGGGGUGGACCUAUGACUCGUCAUCGGAUUCUGCUCCUCCUGAUUGGUGUUCCGGCUUGUAGGCCCUGGACGUCCGUGGAUUCCGGCAUGGCUGCUGGGAUACUUCGCUCGUUGGAACCUGACCUACCUGCUGCUCUUUCCUGCACUGGAUCACGAUAAGUGCAAUUACAAAGAUCAAUAUACUAUUUUGGGAGUAUUCCCUACCCGUGGAUUAUAAAGUUUUGCUCCUGCUUCAAAUUAUUACUUCCACGGGGAUAUCUUGAUAAUCUGCUGACUUGUGUGCUUCCCAAGGGAGUAUGCAAGACUGUUCUUCGGAGUGGGGUUUGUACCUCACCACUUUUGGCCUCUUUCUGGGGAACUGCACCUUCCCCUAUCAUCGGAGUCCCUUUAGGACUCUAGUUUAUUUAACGCCAGGCGGUCUCUGUACAGACCACCAUACCAUUGAAAGGGGGGGAUAUGUAACGGAAUGAAAUGAAUGAAAUGGUUUUCCACCUAAAAGUCAUUUCUCCCCUCUCCUCAGCAAGAACUAAUCUGCAUGAGAUAUUGUUUAAGAUCUCAUGCAUCUGCUUCUAAACUGUUUCCUUUCCAGCCCAAGAGAAGAAUGAAGAAAAAGGACUUUUUAAUAAAUCAAAGAUCUCUAUUUUUAAUAAGCUAAUCAAACAAAGUGUUAGUCAAUAAUAAAAAUGUGAACCUAUUUGUGAAAUGAAAAUAUUAAUUACUUGAUAUUAUAAUCCUACAGAACAUAAGUAAUAUAACUUUAAAUGUUUCUACUAGAGACUGGAUUACACAAAAGUUUGACACAUGACACAUUGCUUUUACUGAUCCAAUCAGAAUCUUCCAGAUCUGAUGGAGGCGUGGUUUUGGCGGUGCUUGGUAAAUCUGUCUUCUUUUGAUUCGACUGUAAAUCAAAACAUCCAAAUUAUAAAACUAUACCCACAUCAUCUUAAACUCCAGUUCAAAGCUUUCUAGAGAAGUUGGAGUGGUCAGUCCGUAACUUUCCUCUUCAGCCGAAAGAACCAAUGACAAGCUGGAUAAAAUCUGUUGCUGUUCCACCUGCUGCAACGGUUCCUUUCAGAAUAAUGUUUUAACAAAAAAGCCCUUGACUGCUUUCAAUUGGUCCAAAACUCUGCAGUGAAGCUUCUAACUGGAGCAAACAGAAGCACUCACAUCACUCUUAUUCUGAUGUCUCUGCACCGAUUACCCAUUACCUCUAUAGUUCGUUUUACAAUACUGGCUAUAACUUUCAAUGCUGUACAUGGUCAAGUUCCUCCCUAUAUUACUGAAUUGUUAAAGUCUUAUGCUCCAACCUGAUCCCUCAGGUCCACCCACCAGAAUCUUCUAAAAGUUCCAAAGACCAGAUAUAAAAGUCGAAGUGAUCGCUCCUUCCAGACUGUUGCACCCCAACUCUCGAAUACCCCUGAGACCAGUAAAACUAAUGCUGGGGACACACCGGCCGCCGAAGCGCCGCGAAAUUGGGACUGCCUUCAUUCGGCGCCCUUGUUAUCCUAUUCUAUAGACCACAUGGGCCGCCGAAGCGCUCCAGCCCGCGCUGUGCAGCGAUCGUUUCGGCGUCUGCUCUAUUUUUUUCGUGAACCGCGUCAAUUCUGGCAGGAAGUCAAACCUAGACAUAAGAGGCAGGCCGGUGAAUUUAACAAAAUAAAGCAUUUUAAAAUACAAUUCCGUGAUAGUCAGAUGUGUUCGUAAACAGACACUGCAUAAAAACCACACACACACACACAGCGAGCUUGUGUGUGUGUGGCCACGUGAAGGGGGUGUGGUUUUGGGUGUCUUUCAACCGGAGCAAACAGAACAGAGAGGCAGAAAGUCGUAGGCCAGCUAUUAACAACUGGUUCACACCAUAGGUUCACACACAAGUGGACAAACACACACACAAACAGCAAGGGGGAGGGUGGUGUCGAGGAAAAGAGCAGAGAAAAGGUGGAGAGGAAAUGGAGGACACCAAGUGGUUAAAAGAAAAACUACGAGGCGCGCCUCGACCGGAGCGGAGAAACAGGCAUCUGGUCUGAACUGAAGAGCAGCGAGCAGCGGCCGAAUUUCGUGAGCGCUUUGCCUCCCGGCGCUUCGGCUGCCGGUGUGUCCCCGGCCUAAGGCUGAAAGGAAAACGUUAUCUCUGGCCUGCUCCGAAACAAUAACUGUUACCUGAAUCUGACUCCCUCAUCAGCCUUGGCUGAAGAACACAAAACUCCCUGUGGAGUGAAAAUAGAUGCUCACUGGUCAGCCUUUUAAUCUACUCAAAGUACUGAAUUUCUGUUUGUUUUCUACUAAUAGUCAUCUAUGUUUUCUGUAGUUCAUUGUACCAGUUUUACUGCUUUAGUUUUGGUAUGCCUCAAUACUGCUAGUUUUAGUAAUUCCCUGAUUAGUUAGCUGUCAACAACGCAUUUCUGUAGUUCAUUGUACCAAUUAUUACUGCCUUAGUUUUAGUCUCCUGACACCUUUAGCCUAAUCUUUGUUUUCAAUUGCUUAGUAGAACAUGGCUGACCAAAUUUAUUUCUCUUCUCAAUGUUUUAUUGAUAUUAUGUUAAUUUUCUAGUUUUAGUGUUCAGUGUUUUGUAUGUAAUUCCAUUGUUUAUUUUUGUGUUUGUUUGUCUCGUAUGUUCUUACUGCUGUAAAGCACAUUGAAUUGCCUUUGUGUAGAAAAUGUGCCAUAUAAAUAAAGCUGUCUUGUCUUGGUUAAUUUGGCUGAAGACGGCUCAUCCAAAGGCAGACUUAAAGGACUGAACCAAAAUGAAAUAGAGCAAGGAAAAAAAAGGCUGGGUCUUUACAGAUAAACUAAAUUGUGUAAUCAACUAAACAUCACAAAUAU